AGUAUCAAAUCCUCAAAAAGAGAAAUUUUCUCCCUUAUCAUCUUCUCUUCAUAUAUCCUCAGGAAAUUUAUAAUCAAAAGAAUGACGAAGCAAAAGGUGGUCAUCAAGGUCUCACUAAAUGACCGGAAGUCUCGCACCAAGGCCAUAAAAACUGCCGUUGGCGUUGAUGGCGUGACACAAGCAGCUCUGCAGGCAGACAAGGACCAGAUAGAAGUAACAGGGGAGGGAAUCGACGUCGUUUGUCUGGCGACUCUGCUGCGUAAGAGCCUUAAAUACGCAGAAGUUGUGAGCGUGACCGCCGUCGACGAGAAGAAGGAGGCUGAGAAGAAGAAGGAAGAGGAGAUGAAGAAAGAGUUGGAGGCUGCCCAGAAGUUGAUUUGGCCUUAUACGACACCUAUGCAUUGCUAUUACCAAGUCCCUGAUCAUGGUUGUGUGUCGUAUGUUCAGCCCCAAUACGAUCCGCCUUGUUCCAUCAUGUGAUUUAGUGAAGAGACGACAAUUUGGGAGUUUUGGAUAUGGAGAGGAAAAAUGGGUUGUGCUCGGAAUUGGGAAGAAAAUGGCUGGUGGAUUGCUUGGGAACCGGUGCAAGCCAUGUGUUUGAGUAUAUGCCCAGAUGAGGAAUUAGUUAGGGGGGCUAGUGUUCUGAAGAAAAAAAUGUAUAUAUAUAU